UCGCCGCCUGUUGGUCUCUCACAGUUGGUGACGAGUAUUGUGAAAAUGGCCUCGGUCGUAGCCCUGAGCUUGAAAAACCGGAGAAGAUGACGAUGUUGAGGUUAAAAAAGUGGGCCGAACACCAAAGUGUCUUCUUUAAAUAAACAGGUAACAGUGAAGUGAGGAUAAACUAGGAGACAGUCGGCUUAGGGACGUCUAAAAAUACCACCGACCGACCACUGCAUAUUUUCGUGGGGCUGAGGAACCACUAUGGAGGAUAUCAACUCUAAUAUCAACGCGGACUUGGAGGUGCGGAAGCUCCAGGACUUGGUCAGGAAGCUCGAACAGCAGAAUGAACAGCUCAGGAGUCGACCUACUAUGUUUUCCUCACCAGCCGGGUCGAUGUCAGGGAACCACAGACCCCUCAGCGCCGGCUACGAAUCGUCGUCCCUGUCAGCGGGGAUGGCAGCAGGGCUGGCCGGCUUCCCUGGGGUGGGGUUGGUCGGAACUGGAGGCUACGGAGGGUUUUUGGAGAAUAACCGAUGUUUCAACCCUCGACUUUCCUACGAUGGCAUCAGUUUUGGAAGAUCUUAUGAAGGUGAGGGGGCAUCAGCUGGUUCUACGAGACUGAACUCACUUUACUCGAACAACGCCGGGAGCUACAGAGAUGAGGGUGAAACGUCAAUACUAGAUGAAGUGGAAAUCUUAGACCUAGAAGACAUGGACUGUCUGAACGAAGACGAGGACAGCUGGCUCUACGAGUCAAAGCUGAACAGUCCCCUGCAAAAAGCCUUGAGUCCUAUUGUAUGGUGUCGUCAAGCUCUUGACCACCCCAGCCCUGAGAUGGAGUCGGCCAAACGCUCACUCAUCCACAGACUGGACCUCACUAUGUCAGCCAACAAGCGCAGAAGCCUUUAUGGAAGCCCUUACACCCAACAGAAUUAUGGAAGUCCCUACAGCACAAACACAGCCAACAGCCCCUACAGCAGUGGCUUUAACUCUCCCUCCUCAACCCCCUGCAGAGUGCCCAUUGUCCGACAACAACUCCUGCCUGGAAACACCGUAUACCAGCGGAAUACUACACAAGAGAGGAAUCCUCCGGCUGUGAGUCCGCAGUCGUCGGUGGACAGUGAGCUGAGCACGUCAGAAAUGGAUGAGGACUCUGUGGGCUCCUCAACUACCUACAAGCUCAAUGAUGUCACAGAUGUUCAGAUUUUAGCACGCAUGCAAGAAGAGAGUUUGAGGCAGGACUAUGCUGCAACAGCGUCCAGGCGGAGCUCCGGUUCUUCCUGUCACUCGCUACGGCGCAGCACUUUCAGUGACCAAGAGUUGGAUGCACACAGUCUGGAAGAUGAAGAGGAAGCGGUGCACCCAGCUUUUCACCUGCCCUCCAACCGUUUUAGCCCCUCUCCUCGACACUCCCCCCGCGCCUCCCCCAGAAACUCACCUCGCUCACGGUCCCCUGCCCGUUCUAUAGAAUACAGCCACGGUCGUGGUUCGCCGCAGCCAAUCAUCAGCCGCUUGCAGCAACCUCGGCACUCAUUACAGGGCCACGGGCACGACCUACAGACCAACGUGGUGAAGAAUGAAGAAAAGCUGCGCCGCAGUCUUCCUAACCUUUCACGCUCCUCAGCAGCUGCUGCGGCCCCGGCUCCAGAACCAGUAAAAAACAGCCGCAGCUGUGAGUCCAACCUGCAGAUGCCAAAUGGUGGCUCUCCCCGACACCAGAGCCAGUCUGCAAGCAAAAGGUCAAAGUCACAGGUGGCAGCACCGCAGCUCCCAAGAUACUUGACCCCCCCACGCUCCUCCCCGAAACCCAAACAGCACCUCCAAAGCCCAACUGCUCUGCGAGUCCCACUCUCCUGUUGCUUUGGAGAAGAAGGUGAUUUCAUCCCCUCUCCCAGUAAGCUGCGAACGCCUCCAGCCCCCUCCCCUCUGGCCCUCAGACAGCCAGUGAAGGCCACAGCCACCCCUGGAUCUGCCACCUCCACGCCCACUCGCUCCUUGGCUGCACCACGGAGUGGCCUGCCCCGUCCCAGUGCCUCCGCUGGAGGAGGUAUCCCUCUGCCCCGCAGCAAACUGGCCCAGCCUGUACGCAGAUCUCUUCCUGCGCCUCGGACUUACAGCAGUGGAGGUGACAAUUGGAGGGAAGGGUGUUACUAAACGGUGCCAGCGGAGGGCGCUCCAGUAUAACUCGGCACCGAAAGCAGACGUUUCAACAAGGCACUUUAUCUACCUAGCUACACGACCUCUAAAAAAAAAAAGACUGAAAAUGACUGUGUCCUGAGAAUAUAUUGACAUGGCAUAAAUUAAAAGAAAGAGGGUCUCUGCUGUGUUAAAGACCACCUUCCACCGUGUGUCUCCAUGUAGACUGGUACUGGACAGGAUGAGAUUUCAAACAGCCCACAAAAUGCCAAAGAGAGGAGACAGACUCCAGGCAGGACAGCAGAGGACACAUCUCAGCCUGGCCUCACGGCAUCCUUCAUCUUUGCCCCUGCUCUUCUUUCACCUUCCUCAGGUUGAAAUGUUUCUGCACACUUCUCUCUCUCUCUUGCUCUCUCUCUGUCUCUCUCCCUCCCCCCACCCCCAAGACCAGAUGAUGGCAUGUUGAUCUCUAUGACAAUGCUGUGCAGGUGAAGUAUGUUGUGAUGCCGUAGAAUCGUUGUCUCGCAGCAGUGGUGGACAUGACUUUUAAAGAAUAUAUUUCCUCCUGUCAAAUCAGCCAGAAUGUAUGCACAAAAUUUGCUUUGAUAAAUUAUUUAUUAGAAUAAUUUAAGAAGUCUAUGUACAAACAUCCAUAUCAGUAUUUCUUUCUUUUACGCUUUUAUCAUUUCUUGUUUGUUUUUUUUAAUGUACAUCCUGAACCUGAAUUGCAAAGCUAAGUCUCCAAAGUAGUUCUGUUUUUUUGUUGAUUUUUUUUUUUUUUUUGUUUGUUUGUUUUGCUGAUUUUGGAAAAAGCCUCAGUUCUGACUUUCAACAGUGUUUGUCAUAUUCUUUUAUGUUUCCCUCCUAAAAGUUUGGUCACGAGGUGAAAAAGAAAACACUUGGAUAUUGUUCUUCAUGGCCCCCACACAGAAUAAUUAUCAGUGUAUGUUCUCAUAAAAAACUUAAAAAAUAAAUAUAUUUUAGAGCUGACUAAAAAAAUUCUCCCACUGAGUAGAUUUGUGGGUUUACCAGGCUUAAGGGUGGUGUUCCAGUGAGUUGUGGUGGAUGUUCUUUAAGUAGUGCCUAUAAUUUAAGGUUUAUUUCAGUUUAAACUUUUAUAUAUUUUUUGCCAAUUUAUGUUUGCCAAUUUUUUUCAUGUUUGAUUGACUGAUUUUUUUUGCCUGCCAUUUUUUGUAACAAAUUAAAUGCAUUUAUAUUUGCUUGAACAUUUUAAAUAUUGGCCUUCAUAUUUAUAAAGGAUGAGUCUUUCUGUAAAUUAAACUAUUUAUUGAGGAGAGAGGUGCCUCUGUCAAAGGUCACAGGAAGCUGGAAAAAGACAUGAACGCACACAUUUAGUGCAAAAGUUUUUGUUAUUGAAAUUUUUUUAUAUCCACAAACAUGACAUUCUGUUUUCAAGUGUAAAGUCACAUUUCAAAUAAAAGCUAAAAACCUC